AUGUUUUCAUCACUAUCUGCUGGUUAUGAUGAUUUAUGGAAGGCCAUAAUUCGACCUCCAAGAGAUAACGAGUAUACUCAGUAGGAUUUAGGUAAGAUCCGUGUCUUUACAUAGGCCCAAGUCAAUUUAAAAUAUAAGGAGUAUUGAUUAAGAGAACUGACUUCCAAAUCAAAAAUAAAAGAGGACUAAAAUUGGAAUGUUCAUUUUUUGAGCCAAUUAAAAAACCAUGUGAGUAAUUGCCUUGUGUAAUAUACUUGCAUGGUAAUAGCAGUAGUAGAUUAGAAUGCUUAUCCUCUUUGGAUGGACUUCUAUAAGUAAUCUGAUAGAUAAAUAUAACAAGCAAUUUAUCUAAGUGUUUAGUUUUGAUUUUGCUGGUUGUGGUAAAUCGGAAGGUGAAUAUAUAUCCCUAGGUUGGUAUGAGAGAGAUGAUGUUGAAAUAGUAGUGGACUGGUUACGUUAAAGCAACAAAGUCUCUACUAUAGGAUUAUGGGGACGAUCUAUGGGAGCAGUUACUGCUUUAAUGCAUGCAGAUAGAGACCCGAGUAUUGCUGGUUUAGUUUUGGAUAGUGCAUUUUCAAAUUUAAAGACUUUGGCAGAAGAAUUGGCAAAGCAAUAUGCUCAAAAAGUGCCCUCUUUUGCUAUCUCAGCUGGAUUGUCAAUGAUAAGGAAAACAAUUUAAUCGAAGGCAAAUUUUGAUGUUGAAAAUAUCAAUCCACUCAAGAAUCAUGUUUCUAAGGCCUUUAUUCCUGCAUUUUUUAUUGCUGCCGAUGAAGAUACUUUUGUGUUGCCUCAUCACACUAAGAAAUUACAUGAAGCUUAUGCAGGAGAUAAAAAUAUUGUACUUGCUUUUUAUUUUAUUUUAAAUAGUCUAUAGUUCCUGGUGAUCAUAAUUCCAAGAGGCCAUCCUAUGUGAUGAACUCAAUAGCAAUUUUCUUUUAUAACACUCUAUAAGUGAAGCAUUUAGUUCCUGAAUAUAAAGUAUUUUUAUAUUAGUAUUAUAAAUAGCCAGUUGUAGAGAAAAUAGACAACGACUUCUAAAAUGAUGAGGCUAACUUUCUAAAUAGUUAUCAUAACCCUGUUGGAAAUGCAUUCUAAGUUUAGGGAGCUAUGAAUGAUUUUGAGGAUGAUGAAGAUUUAAGAAAAGCCAUAGAGGAAAGCCUAAAAAUUACUAAUUCCGACUCUAACCAAUAAAAUUAAGAAAACGCUUAAAAUAGGCCAUAGAUUUAACUACCUUAUGACAUAGAAAAAGUAUUAGAAGAUGAUAGUACGCAUUGAAAAC